AGCCAGAGAAGGGGCGUGGCUUAAAAACCGCACUAGAGGCGGCUCCUGCUUGCUCGACUCUUCAUUUUACUACGAGUGAACAGACGGAGAGUAAAGAGGUCCAACAGCUGAGCACAUUCUGCACUUCUGCUUCGUUUUGUUUUUAAAGUCCUGCCGGCCAUGGAGAGGCGACGGACAUCCGUCUGGAGGACAAAGCCCACAUUCUGGGUGUGUUUUCUGUUUGCUGUUGCUGAAGUGGCACCGACCCACUCCAGCUCCUCACUGACUGUGUCUGCUGCCCACCGGUACUACUCCUGCCCAGAGGGGGUGACUGCCAAGCUGGUGUGCAACCAGAAAAAUACCAACUUACAUCCUGAUCAGCACGUUGCUGACCGCUGGCUCUUCACACCACACAUCGACAUGCACUGUAAACGUGGGGAAACCCCACGCGAUGUCGCCCACAAAGGCCACAGCUCGCAACUAGGCGUGGAGAUGGGCCAUUCGAAUGAAAACAUGUGGGUGAUUCUCAGGAAUGUGACCCUCGCUGACCAGGGCCGCUACUGCUGCCUAGCCCUGGGCGCUAAGAUCGAUCACAGCCAUCAGUCAGUCGAGAGCCACAGCCACAUCGUCCUUCAUGUUACACCAAAGAGAGAUGGGGCGACCAACUGCACGUUCUGGGAUCCCACACCUCCGCCAGGUAUGAAACCAACUCCGCCAGCCUCGGUGCCCGUGGCUUUAGCCUUAGCUGCCUGCAUUCUGGCUCUGCUGUCGCUGCCUCUUAUUCUGGUCCUGGUCUACAAACAGAGAGAGAAUUCACGGUCAAACAGACGUGGACAGGAGCUGGUGCGGAUGGACAGUGAAGCUCAGGGCCACGAGAAUCCGGUGUUUCUGGGCGGAUCCCCGCAGACAAAGACCCGGACUGUUUCUCAGAUCCUGACCCGGCAGCCCUCUGAGACCAGUCGCCACUUACUGUCGGACCCGGGAACGCCCCUCUCUCCUCCCGCACAUGGUGACGUUUUCUUCCCAUCCGAAGACGUCAUCCCUGAGAAUCCAGACCUGGUGCAGAUUUAAAGCCCGUUCUUCACCUAAACUGUUGACCUGGAAAGAUUCCUGCAGCUCUUCUGUUCUUCCCUUCAUUUUAAUACCAAUACUAUCCUCCUGAGCUCUCUCACAGUAACUGCAUAAACACGUAUUGUUCCUGUCUGGAUUUGUCAUCUGUUCGUUGUCUGGACUGCAGGAGGGAGGAGUGCUGCGUUUCUGACCCACAUACCAUUUCCACCUGCAACAACAUCUGCAGGCCAACAGGUUGCAUCUGAUCUUCAGGCCAAACUGACAACAGCUUACAGACCUGGCUCUGCCGUGUCUUUCAUUAACCCUGUGAGGAGUGUUGAAAGUGGGAGUCUUGCCAUAAUCAGGCAGAGAGUGAUCUACUCAGCUUUUAGAGAAAAUCAUUUAAGCAGCAAGUUCUUGUGAGCUCAAAUCCCCAGAGUUCAAAUGCAUUGCCUGAACUCUGUUCUCUGUCAUGUGAACUUUCUACUGUCAAACCUCUUAUUGUGAAUGCAGCAGUUUUCUUUUGCUGGUCAUUAGAGAACUGUCAGAUAAGCAGUUUCAUAAAAUCACCUGUCAUUAUAGAGUUCAUGUUCAUGUUGUGUACAGGAACCAAACCAACAGACUCUGAAGCUCCUGUCGAAACUUAAAGCAGGACUUCUGGCCAUCUAUCUGAUUUCUGAAAGGACCAAAGCAGCAAGAAGGGUUAAAGUCAGCCCACCACUGUUAUGCUUCUCAGCUUCCAAACUAGGAAUCAACAGGACUUUUGUAAGGGUUAGCUGGCAUUGAUGGGCUCUUUUACAAAAUACUGUGACAUCUUCUGGCUGGGUUUUUGUGUAAGGUAAGAUGUUACCAGUCAAACUGAGUCGCCAAGCGAGGUAAAGAUGGCACUGAAAAGUUGACAAGAUUAACAGGAUGUAGCCAUCAGCUCUUUCAUCAAUCAGUUCAACGCCAGAACUUGUGGCUCCAAGGUGGUAAAGGCGGCAGAAGUCAUUGUGCCGUUUUGUGCUUCAGAGACGCCAAGCACAGCAGGAAUACUCGACGUACCAAAGGGUUAGGGCUCUACAGCUUUAUAGUCUUACUUUACAAACAGACAGACUCAGAUGCUUGUUUGUCAUGUUGGUGUUUGCUAACAGAACCACCAAUCAAUGCAGCAACGAUACUUCAACGGUCGACUUGUGUGAGGUUUAUUGGCUUUGUGGCCUGAGGGUUUGAUGUAGAGCUUGUAAACAUCAGUCUGUGCCACCAGAUGAACACAAAAUUUAACAUAAAACCAGACCGAGCACUUAAUUCAGACUGGGGAGGCUCCCAGUGGGGGCGUGUUGGAGCCACUGGUGGGCAGUGGGCAGAUGAGUCUGGUCCAGGAUGUUCAGGGCAGAACACAUUGGUGACCAAUGACCUAAGACAAACACUGUGGUCUUAUUUUCUAUUGAAUUUCCAAUAGAAAGGCACUGAUGUGCAUCAGAGGUACCAGCUGGUCCCAUAUCUCUCCCCAAUAUCCAUUCCCCAGUAAGUAGAAACUUAUUGAUGGCAGGUUGCAGGAGAUACUUGUUGCUUUAUGAUUGAACUGUUUUGUGAAAGAGGUUUUAGGUUUUUCUAUUUAUUCUCCAAAACGUGGCAUUACAUUUCUUUCUGUAUGAUUUCUUCUCUGCAUUUCUUUCUUCCUUUGUGCUACCUCAGACACGUACCGCUUGUUUCUCUGAAUACUUUCCUUCCGUCCUGUACUUUUACAACUGCAUCAUAGCCUUAAACAUACUUGUAUAAUUAAAAAUAGAUUUCAUUUUUUGAGGAAGAUUUAAUUGUUGUCUCUGUGUAUAAUUAUGGAGAAAAAAUAUUGUUUUUCUUGAAUGUAGCCUCACAGAUACUACCGAAACAAAAAAAUAAAAUCUUCCAGGAGUUGAACUCGCUGCCGUUCAGACUCUUCCUCUGGAUUUCACUGUGUUCAUGUCCAUCAGGGUAAAAGUUCAAUCCUACUUUUUUAUGUGUGCAAUGAGGUCCGAUAAGCCAAAACUGUUGAAUACUUUGAACAAAAGAUUUGAAAAGUCAGUCAUAGCAACGCUGAGAUGUUACUGCUUCACUUUGCCCACAUCUGACUGUGUUAACCUGCUAGUGUUAUUUUUAAACUGGAGUAAGACGCAUACAGCUGGUGCCAAGCGGAAAUCAUCUGAAGAAGAAAAUGUUUAACAGGUUUAUAGGACAGGGUAGCAUUUUGUUUUGCUUAGACGUGAGUUUGUGGGUGUAUAUUUGUGUGUAAAGAAGGGAUUAAAGUUUUAAGAAUUCAUUUCUGGUUUCCCUGAAAAAUAUUUUUUGUACACUUGAUGACUUUUAUAUUGUAUCUGUGUUUUUAUACUGUAAAAAGCUUGCAUGAGAGGAUGUUUCUUGCUUUUAAACAGCCCUCCUGGUUUCCUGUACAAUAAAAAUGAAACUCUCGAAUCA